CGCAGACAUGUCCCGAAGCUGCAUCGUGGUAGUGGCUGCGUGUGCGCUGGCCGCGCUGUGCAGGUUGCCCGGCUCCACGGCGCAGGCGCUCGCUCCCCAGUAUGACUCAUCAGCAGCGGCAGAGAGUGCGAGCGGCUGGGAAGCACUAGGCGGGCUGUACGCAUUACUUGCGCAACACGACGCACUGGGCGGACAUGCACUCGCGCGCAAGUCGGUGCGUUCGCCCUCGCGCCGGCUGCGAUUCGGCCGACGAUCGGACCCCGACAUGCCGCCGCAAGCACCGCUGGACGAGAUGGAGGAGCUGCUGUCCCUGCGCGAGAUCCGCACGCCGGUGCGCCUGCGCUUCGGCCGCCGCUCAGAGGAGCACGCCGUGCCACACAUCUUCCCACAAGAGGAGCAGGACCGUUCAGCGCGCGCCCCCUCCAUGCGCCUGCGAUUCGGCCGCCGAUCCGACAACAACAUGUUCUUACUGCCCUUCGAAUCAACUCUGCCCAAGGAAGUGAAGGCGAGUGCGGAGGAAGACAACAGGCAACAAGAUUAAGACACAUCCGCUCUAGCCAUAGCCUUCCCCUCCACACCCACUAUCGAUAAGGAAAUAUUUACCUACGACAACCAUUCUACGUGUCAAAUAUCAAAUAUCAAUUUUUAAAUGUUAUUCAAAUAAUUCGUAAGUUUAUGUACAUAAUAAUCAGAUAAUUUAAUACAUGUUGUUAGUUAGGAGUUCAGUGUCCUAAUGUUUUUUUGUUACGGGUCUUAUUUAUUUAAUUAUCUUUAUUGAUUUUCUUAAAUGUAAUAGUAGAUACCAAAUGUUACUCUAGUCAAUGUUGUAUUAAGACUGUAUUUUAGUUUAAGUUUCUUACGUUGAUCGCUCUCAUAGUUUGUAAUAACAGAGUAUAGAUAUUUUCUUGCGAAGAGUUGUACAUUUCAAGAGCUGGGUAAAUGUAAAACUGCUUCGUUUGUAGGUACUACUAAUAUUAAAAUAAUACUCGCCGUCACUUGUCAAAACAAAAUGCUAAUGUUAUAUUUUCAUGUCGGGAAAAUUAGGUAUACUAAAGUAGUAAAACUAUGUUAAUUUUGUAUAGAUAUUAUAGUGCAAUUGAUGAGUUGAAAUAUAAAAAAUUGCCAACA